UUGACGCGAUGCGAAGGCUUAAGUGUAAUGACCCAUGCAGGCCGUGCUGGAUAGGGACACCCACACCAGAGGGGCUCAUGGCGAGCACUUACUAAGAACUACCCCCCCCAAAUCUGAUAGCGUCUGUUUUUCCCCUUUGGGGCGGCUAUCAGAUAUCUUGGGUCUGCCGGGUGUUUUUCCCUUUUCGUGGCUGAGAGGGCACCCGGUAGUACCGGUCCGUUCUUUUUGGUCCUUUUGGACCCUGUCCUUUAGAACGUCCGUCAAAUCCACCAGCGUCUGUUUUUCCCAUAUUGGGCGGCUUGGUGGUCUGUCUUCUCCACGUGGCGAGGCAGCUUUCUUAAACUUGGCAGUAAGUAUAAAAUGCAAACCUUAAAAUGUCCAAAUGUCCGAAAAAAAGACGUGCCCCAUGUAUCCGGUCGGGGGCCUUACAAUCUCCGGAGAACCUAUUCCCGCGGCGGCGAUUUCAGGUCGCGGUGAAUCGAAUGCUACUGAGAUCCGGGCUAGUCUGGCGGCGACACCGGGCCAGACUAAUCCGCGAGCUACCGGCAACCAAAAACCGGCAGGAAAGGAGGAGGGGAAACCCAAAUCCAAAAUCUGCCAAAAUAAAGCACCCCCUAAAAAGGGUUGCACCAAAAAUGGUGGCGAAGUACCUCUGUCUCUCACCCCAAGUACUUCAAAGGCUGCCCAGGCCCUGACCGAUGAAAACUCGGCCAAUUCCCCUGCUUCGGGUGCUGCCAAGGCAGUUAACCCAGUGCCUGUCGUGAGCAAUAGUACUGCGAACCAGAUUUCGGGUACCAUAGCUACACCUCCCCCCGCCAGUGAAGGAACUGCGAACUCGAUUUCGGGUUCCCCAGCUGUGCCUCCAGUCCAACCGGGCGAUAGCAAACCCUCAAGGCACGUUACACCUGCAAGAAGGGCCUUCAUUAAACGGCGCGCCGCCGAGAAAAUUAUUGACCGGUUAGGUAAAGAGCCUGCCGAGUCCCUCUCUUCCGAUGACUUGUCAUCGCUUAACUGGGCUAAAUCCGUCUUGGCUGACCAACAAAUUCUCCCCCUCACGUCGAAAGACGCGCCUAAACGGCAACGUUCGGAGGAGGAGACACAAGGUCAGUCGCAACAGCCCGAGUCAAAGAAAUUGAAGCAGCACAGGUCGUUUGAUAGGUCCUUCAGCGAGGUAGCCAAGGGUCACCUCGUACGUGCCAUCAUCGACCGUGCGGAUUCUGACUGCUCCAUAUCUCAUGCAAACUGAGAUAUGGUGCGUAGAAAGCUGAUGGGAGUGUUCUGGCGAGUUCUCAAGGAGAACCCAGGUCCCCCCCCCUCAGUGCGAUGAUGCUGGUUGGUACCGUGGUCGGGUAAAGCUAAUGGCCUGCUCAAAUGAGCGUUCUGCUCAGCUACUUAAGCUGGCGAUAGCUCUUUUGGAUGGCCUGUGGGAUGGAGCGAAGCUGGAUGUGGUCUCUGUUGACGAGAUACCACGCCGGCCUAGGUCCACUGCCCUAGUUCCCGACGAACCAGCGAAGCCAGAGGAGAUAUUGGAGCUCCUGAAGAUCGGUAACCCUGAAAUCCCCACACAUGACUGGAAGGUAGUCAGGGUAUCCGAAUCUGAAGGACACUCCAGAAGGAUCACCGUCAUUAUGAACAGGGAGUCCUUAGCGCCGCUUCGGGAGAGACGAGGAAAGGUCUACUACGGCUUUGAGUCGAUCUUUCUCCGUGUCUACCGGGGUGACGAUAAGGAUAAAACUGUACAAAAUGGCGAGGAUCCGGCUCCGGAAGAGAUGUCGUGCGACGAGGCUGCCAGUUCAAUCGCCGAGGAGGACUCUACAACCAAUUCACAACUGGUUGGUGAGUUCUUCGAGGGGGUUGAAGUGACAGCCGACGGCGACGAAACGGUUGACGAGGACGACCUCCUGAAAUCCGAUCAAGAGGACGUCAACGUCACCGUUAUACACGUCUCGAAGAAGAAGGAUGGUGAAGGUCACGCAAAUUAACCUUCACCAUUCCAAAGCAGCUUCGGCUGCCCUGCUCCUCCGGAUGGCAGAGAGAGGGGAGGAGCUUAUACUGGUCCAGGAGCCCUGGAUCCACCGUGAAAGGGUUUGCGGACUUAGUAUCAAAGGCUACAAGCUUUUAUACAUGAAUGGUACAGCGAUGAAGACACAGUUGUAGCGGCCUGGGAGACAGGUUCGGGUACCCUUUUAGUGGUAUCCAGCUACAUGGCCCAUGACCACUGCGAACCACCGCCAAACAAAAAGGUUCGCGAUAUUAUAACCAGGGCAAAUAAUGAAAAUUUGCCGAUAAUAAUUGGGGCUGACGCCAACGCACACCAUGCUAUAUGGGGCAGCUCGGAUACCAACGCAAGGG